AUGUUCCCAACAGGCUCAGACUGCACGGUAUACGCUGUGAAGCACCUCCUUACCCACAGCGAGCAGAGCAGAGGGAGAGUGAGCUACUUCAGGAAGAAGAAAAGUAAUGAGAAUAAUGAGAGGUCCACACAAUUCACAGGUAUAGCUGCAGAGGUAGGACGGAUUGAGACGGAGGAUCUGUCCGGUUGCACGAGGUGGCAGCAGGUUUGGGGAGGACGGGAACACCGUCUGGAGCAAGGGAGUCCUCUUAAAUGCCAACUGGGAAUAUCAGCGCCCACCAGUGGGGUCCUCAGCCUGCGUGUGAGAUGCAGAGCCAUUGAUAUCAUAGCCAUUGCCGUGGCCAUUGCCGUUGCCUUUGCUGUGACCAUUCCCGUACUUUCUGUAGCGUGGUCCCUCCACCUCUGGCCCUUCCUGUCCCUCCUCUGCCAUCUCAAAGGCCUUGCGUUUCAGAGGCACUCCUGUGUCGGAGCUCCCUCCGAGGCUGUGGGCUGA